CAAAAUUGACAUUUGAGAAAAGGGAGGUUAUGGCCGUAAAUAUCACAAUUAAAAAAAUGUAAAUUAAUAUAAACGAUAGAGAUGUCUUCAACGGUGGAAGUGGAACCUGGGGCAGCGCCUGAAAGCGUUCUCGUUACAGCGGACUCGUGUGAAAACUUUGAGCAUAUGAAUUCGAGCUUGGAAGAAAUCAAGAAUUUAAUUGAAAUUAAACAAGCAGCUGAGGAAUCGACGAUAGAAACAGUGGUCAGCGAAAAUUUGGAGGAAACCGGUAAUUUUAGUGAAUGCGAUGAUGAUGAGGACGAUUAUGUGCAGAAUAGUGAAUGGACAUCAAGGAAAAAACAAGUUUUUGUUCUUAGUAUGGCUGGAAAACCUAUUUAUUCAAGGUAUGGUAACGAGGAUAAGUUAGCAUGGCUGUUUGGUGUAAUGCAAACGUUGGUUAGUUUUGUGCAAUCCACAAACGAUGACUGUAUAAAGAGCAUUCACGCUGGGGACACCACGUUUGUAUUUUUAGUCAAAAAACCCCUAAUAUUAGUCACAGUAUCCAAAACACACGAGAGUGAGAAUCAACUUAUAUCACAACUAAACUAUGUAUUUAAUCAAAUAACGAGUACUUUAACACUAACAAGACUAAAUAAAAUCUACGAACAAAGGCAGAAUUAUGAUUUGCGCAGGCAAUUAACAGGGGCGGAGAGGUUGAUCGAUCACUUGUUGGAUUUUACAGAAAAAGAGCCCUCUUUUCUGCUGGGGGCUGUACAAUGCCUUCCUUUGGCCUCUUCAGUGAGAAAUACCAUAAGUUCUGCCAUAACAGGGGCUUGCAAUAAAAUUAAGAACCUUGUGUUCGCUAUACUGUUGGCAAACAACAAACUAAUCACUCUGGUAAGGAUGAAGAAGUACUGUUUACACCCCGCCGACCUGCAUUUGAUUUUCAACCUGGUACAAGCGUCGGAGAGUCUUAAAAACUCUGAAAACUGGACGCCACUGUGUUUGCCUCGUUUCGAUUCCAGCGGUUUCCUGUACUGCCACGUUUCUUACUUAUCUGAGGACUGCCAAGCUUGCUUACUGUUGCUCACGGUGGAACGGGAUGUCUUCUACGUGCUCAGUCAGGCCAAACAGGCCAUCGUGGAAAAAUUACGCAGGACUAACUGCUUGGAGGCCAUUAAUAACUCGCUGACGACAAACGAGGAAACUUGUUUGACGGCUGGGUUCACCGAGUUAAGGCAUUAUCUGUACAAAUGCAAAUCUACGGCGCAAUUUUACCAACCCAGCUUGGCCCCACCGUACACACUGGAAAAAGAGAGACUUUUGGAGCUGUACAAAAGAGCUCACCAGCACUUACAUUGCAGCUCUAGGCCGUUGAAGCUGGUUUUCGAAAAGAGCUCCAAAGAGGUAGUCCUAGCUUGGGACACCAAAGGGUUCGAGUUGUAUGUGGUUUUCGAACCUCUAAUCGAUACAACCGGCGCCAUAAAUUUAGUAGGGAAACUACUGAACUGGAUCAAGAAUAGGGAGGAUAAAUUGUUUCAUCUAAAUGCGCCCACCUUUUAAUACUUUUUCUUUAGGUCUUUUAAUGUGUAUAUAGUAAAUUAUUUACAUUUGUUUCUAUAUUGAACUGUGAUAAUCACAAAUCAUAAUAAUUGUUGUAAAAAUAUAUUAAGUAUUAAAUAGGUGUCUUUUUAUUAUA